AUGGCUGAGGUGGAGAACACGCGGGGCAUCAUUGAUGCACCAAAGCUGUGGAAAGCCGAGAUAUGGAGAUAUUUCGGCUUUUACGAAGUGGAUGGCAAAGUAGAUAGGAGCUACGCUAUAUGUAGGAAAUGCCGUGCGAAGAUCAAACACGUUGGGAACACUUCCAACUUUACAAGGCAUUUAGCUCGCUGGCAUCCUGACUUGGCUAACGGCGACUCAAAACCAACAGCAAAGCCAGACACAUCACAACCAACAAUCAACCAGUCCAUCCUAUCACAGCUGCCACAAACAUCGGAGAGGGCGAGGAAGAUUACAAGAGCGGUGGCAGGUUUUCUCGCCAAAGACCUUAGACCGUAUUCGGUAGUGGAGAACGCAGGGUUUCGGAACAUGCUAAAGACCCUCGAGCCCCGCUACAAGCUGCCAGUGAGGACUACCUUUGCCGACUCUGCGGUCCCGAGCCUGUACAAAGAAGUCAAACAAGAGGUAAACAACUCGAUGCUGCAAGCCACUCGUGUAGCGUUCACAAGUGACGCCUGGACAUCAGUUGCAACAGAUUCAUAUGUCACCAUAACGGCCCAUUACAUCGGCGACGACUGGAAAAUGGUGUCAAAUGUGCUUCAAACCAGAGUGGUACAUGAGAGCCACACCGGCGCUCAUAUGGCCAGGCUUCUCUUGGAUGUGGUGGGGGAAUGGCAGCUAGUUGACAAGGAUGUGGUGCUUGUGACUGACAACGCUGCUAACAUGGCCAGCGCUGCGGAGAUAGGCAAGUUUCCGCAUGUGAAAUGUUUUGCCCACACGCUGAACCUGGCAGCGCAGCGGGCGCUUAGGCUGCCAACUGUCUCCAGGCUGCUUGGCAGAGUCCAGCGGAUCUCCACAUACUUCCACCGCAGCACAAAAGCUAAACAUCUCUUCGAAGAACAUCAGAGGGCAAUUCUCAAGUUGCCGUGUCCGCUGAAGCUGAUCACAGAUGUAUCCACAAGGUGGAAUAGCGCGCACGAUAUGAUGGAGAGGUUUUUGCAACUACAAGCUGCAGUGCAUGCCACCCUGUUGUCGCCUAGUCUAAACGUUGACGAAAAUGACAUCGUCACUCUCAGCAGAGCAGACCUGGCUAACGUGGAGGAAGCAGUGAAGACAUUAAGACCAAUGAAGGAUGCCACUGUCUGUAUGUCCGAGGAGAGCACCCCAACAGUCAGCCUUGUUGCACCGGUGUAUGCCCAACUCCUCCAGAGUAUGUCGGACACCAUUGGAAACCCACCUCUGAUCCGUGAUGUGAAGAAAGCAAUCAAAACAGACCUCCUCAAGAGGUAUAACAGCGAGCCAGAGAAGAGGAUCCUUCACACGUCAUCUGCCCUGGAUCCUCGCUUUAAAGGUUUACCCAAAGAGGGUGGAAGUAUCUCUGGUUUACCUUUCCUGACCGAGGAGGAGAAACUGGAUGUCUACGCUGGAGUGACUUCCGAGGCUGCAGCUCUGGAGUCUGAAGGGAGGCACAGGAGAGAUGCACAUGCAAAGCCUGGAGGAGGAAGUUCAGCAGACAAGGAAGAUUCGCCAUCGAUGGAAGAGGAUGACGUGUUACACUCACAAGGCCCCCCUCAUCCCAAAAAAAGGCUGCUUGUGAGUUUACUGGGAGGUGUUUUCGCUGAUGUCAACCAACCGGCACUACAGGUCAAGUCUGCGGAUGACACUGCGGAUGAGGAAAUGGAGAUGUACCGCAGGUCCCCAUCUGUCCCUCUCUGUGAUGACCCCUUGGAAUGGUGGCAGCGUCAUGAGGGCUCAUUUCCUCUCCUCUCGAGGUUGGCAAAGAGAUACCUGUGCAUUCCAGGGACAAGUGUGUCAGCCGAAAGAGUGUUCUCCACAGCUGGAGAUGUGGUUACGGCCAAACGCAGUGUUCUUAAACCUGAACACGUCGACCAGCUUGUGUUUUUACAUAAAAACUUGGACAUGCCCAAAUGCUGA